UAGUCUGUAGACGAUGCCAAAUGAGAGAAUCCCCCACUCAAGUCAAACUCAGGAGCAAGACUGUUCACAGAGUCAGGCUAUCAGUGAGAGUGCAGAGGAGACAAUCAAGCAGGAGAACCAUGGCGACGUGGAGCUGGGGGAGAGCCUCCCCUCUUGUUCCCCUGCUAAUGGACCCUCCACUUCCGCCAAGGGGUAUCCCUUGGAACUUCCAAGGAGAGGGCCAGCCCUGCUGCACAUCAACAGACAUCAGAUCCAGGCGGUGGAGCCCAGUGCACAGGCCCUGGAGCUGCAGGGUUUGGGUGUGGACGUCUAUGACCAGGAUGUGCUGGAGCAAGGGGUGCUUCAGCAGGUGGACAGCGCCAUUCAUGAGGCCAGCCGUGUGGGCCAGCUUGCCAACGCGGAGAAGGAGUAUCGGUCAGUGCUGGACGACCUCAUGUCAUGUACGACAUCCCUAAGGCAAAUCAAUAAAAUUAUCGAACAACUUAGCCCUCAAGCUGACACCAACAAAGACAUCAACAGGAAACUAGAUUCUGUAAAACGACAGAAGUAUAACAAGGAACAACAGCUGAAAAAGAUCACAGCAAAACAAAAAUGUCUCCAGACUCUCGUUGGGGGAGCAGAGGUAAAAGUCGAACUAGAUCAUGCCAGUCUGGAGGAGGAGGAUGCAGAAGCAGGGCCGUCCUCCCUCGGCAGCAUGCUCAUGCCUGCUCAGGAAACUGCUUGGGAAGAGCUCGUCCGCACUGGUCAGAUGACACCUUUUGGUACCCAGAUCCCUCAGAAGCAGGAGAAAAAGCCCAGAAAACUAAUGCUCAACGAAGCAUCAGAUUUUGAAAAGUAUUUGGCAGAUCAAGCAAAACUGUCCUUUGAAAGAAAGAAGCAAGCUUGUAAUAAAAGAGCAACUAAAAAAGCCCCGGCCUCAGUCACUUCUGAGCUGAGCUCAACACUCAGUGAAAACAAACCAGACAAGAGAGGCAAAGUUCUCUCGAAAACAGAUAAGCGCUUGAAAAAACACAUCAAGAAACUCCAGAAGAGGGCUCUUCAGUUCCAGGGGCAGGUGGGAUUGCUAAAGGGAAAGAAACCCUUGGAGUGUGGUGUGAGGCCAAAGACAGAGGGAGACUCUGAGGAUGAAGUGUCCGAGUACUUGCCCACGGAGUGGGAGCAGGGGGAGGCGGCAGGGGCUGACCUGUCUGGGGAAGACGCUGACUGUGACCGGAGACGGGUGCUCAGUCGCCAGAAACGGCAGAAGAAAGUCACAGUGCAGGAGAUUGAUGAUGACUUCUUUCCAAGUUCUGGGGAAGAAGCUGAAGCCGCAGGAGGAGGAGGAGGAGGUCGGAAAGUAGUGAGAUGCCGAGAUGAUGGAGAUGAAGAUUAUUAUAAGCAGCGGUUAAGGAGAUGGAAUAAACUGAGACUGCAGGACAAAGAGAAGAGUUUGAGGCUUGAAGAUGAUUCUGAGGAAAGUGAUGCCGAAUUUGACGAAGGUUUUAAAGUGCCGGGUUUUCUGUUCAAAAAGCUUUUUAAGUACCAGCAGACAGGUGUUAGGUGGCUGUGGGAAUUGCACUGCCAGCAGGCAGGAGGAAUUCUGGGAGACGAAAUGGGAUUGGGCAAGACCAUCCAGAUAAUUGCCUUCUUGGCAGGUCUGAGCUACAGCAAGAUCAGGACUCGUGGUUCAAAUUACAGGUUCGAGGGGUUGGGUCCGACUAUAAUUGUCUGUCCGACGACAGUGAUGCAUCAGUGGGUGAAGGAAUUUCACACGUGGUGGCCUCCAUUCAGAGUGGCAGUUCUGCACGAAACUGGGUCCUUUACCCACAAAAAGGAGAAACUAAUUCGAGAUAUUGCUCAUUGUCAUGGGAUUUUGAUCACUUCUUACUCCUACGUUCGACUGAUGCAAGAUGAUAUUAGCAGGCAUGACUGGCACUACGUGAUCUUGGACGAAGGACACAAAAUUCGGAAUCCAAAUGCUGCCAUCACUCUUGCUUGCAAACAGUUCCGCACCCCUCAUCGCAUCAUCCUGUCUGGCUCACCGAUGCAGAAUAAUCUCCGUGAGCUGUGGUCCCUCUUUGAUUUCAUCUUCCCGGGAAAGUUGGGCACGUUGCCUGUGUUUAUGGAGCAGUUCUCAGUCCCCAUCACCAUGGGAGGGUAUGCAAAUGCCUCCCCAGUACAGGUUAAAACUGCUUAUAAGUGUGCAUGUGUUCUACGAGAUACCAUAAAUCCAUACCUACUGCGGAGAAUGAAGUCGGAUGUCAAAAUGAGCCUUUCUUUGCCAGAUAAAAAUGAACAGGUAUUAUUUUGCCGUCUUACAGAUGAGCAACAUAAAGUCUACCAAAAUUUCAUUGAUUCCAAAGAAGUUUACAGAAUUCUCAAUGGAGAGAUGCAGGUUUUCUCUGGACUUGUAGCCCUAAGAAAAAUCUGCAACCACCCUGAUCUCUUUUCUGGAGGCCCCAAGAAUCUUAAAGGUAUUCCAGAUGAGGAACUAGGGGAAGAUCAGUUUGGACACUGGAAACGUUCUGGGAAAAUGAUAGUCGUUGAGUCCUUGUUGAAAAUAUGGCACAAGCAGGGCCAACGAGUAUUGCUGUUUUCUCAGUCCAGACAGAUGUUGGACAUAUUUGAAGUAUUCCUUAGGGCCCAAAAGUAUUCCUAUCUCAAGAUGGAUGGCACCACUGCGAUAGCUUCAAGACAACCACUGAUUACAAGAUACAAUGAGGACACAUCCAUAUUUGUGUUUCUUCUGACCACUCGGGUGGGUGGUCUAGGAGUCAACCUGACGGGGGCAAACCGAGUCAUCAUCUAUGACCCUGACUGGAACCCAAGCACAGAUGUGCAGGCCCGGGAGCGAGCGUGGCGGAUAGGCCAGAAGAAACAGGUGACGGUGUACAGGCUUCUGACCGCAGGCACCAUUGAAGAGAAGAUUUACCACCGACAAAUCUUCAAGCAGUUUUUGACAAAUAGAGUGCUAAAAGAUCCAAAGCAAAGGCGAUUUUUCAAAUCCAAUGAUCUUUAUGAGCUGUUUACUCUGACUAGUCCUGAUACAUCCCAGAGCACUGAAACAAGUGCUAUUUUUGCAGGAACUGGUUCAGAUGUUCAGACACCCAAACGCCAUUUAAAAAGAAAACUUCAACUGGCUUUUGGAACAGACCAGAACAUUCCAGUAGGUAAAAAGUUCCCUGGUUCUAACACAUCUGCAAAUGUUGCCACGUCAUCUGAAGAGAAAUCUACAGCUAUAGGACCUAAAGUGAAUGCAGUAACUUCUAAUCUAGGUGAUCCUUUGAGAGAUGCCCCUCAAACAUCUUGUAGUCUAACUAACAGUGAGAGGCUUGGAGAAGAGACAGAUGCAGUGUCCAGACUGCAGGAUUCCUCAGUGAUUCAUGGAAACGGGGAAGGUUCAGGUUCUCCAAGAAUCAGCAAAAUGUACAGGAUGUCUGGUGAGGGAAGCAUCGAUGAAAAGGAGGGUCUUUCUGAUAAAAGAGAAAGCUGCCGGGUUCAAACAGAACCUCUUUGGGAGAAUGAGCAAACAGAAAAUAAUUUUUAUAAGCACAAGUCGAAAACGAAACAUCAUGUGGCAGAAGAAAAGACCCUGGAGAAACAUCUGAGGCUGAAGCGAAAGCUUACGAGCUCUAAGCACCGCAGAGAUGCCAAGUUUGAGGGAACUCGAAUUCCGCACCUGGUGAGGAAGAAGCACUACCGGAGGCAAGACAGUGAAAAUGAGAGCGAGCCCAGGGAACGCAGCCAUGACGACUACGUGCUGGAAAAGCUUUUCAGAAAAUCAGUGGGUGUGCACAGCAUCAUGAAGCAUGAUGCCAUCAUGGACGGAGCCAGUCCAGACUACGUGCUGGUGGAGGCAGAGGCCAACCGUGUGGCCCAGGAUGCCCUCAAAGCACUGAGACUCUCUCGGCAGCGGUGUCUGGGAGCAGCAUCUGGUGUUCCCACCUGGACCGGCCACAGCGGGGUGGCUGGUACACCAGCAGGAAGAAAGAGAAGGUUUGGUCAGAAAAGGAGCUCUAGCUUCUCUGUGCAGCAUCCCUCUUCAACGUCUCCAAAGGAGAAAUGCCAGGACAGCACUAUGAAAAAGGAUGGAAAAGAUAAUGUUUCGGAGCAUUUUAGAGGAAAAGUUGAAGAUGCAGAGCCUUCAUCCGGGGCCCUCACUUCGUCCUCACUGUUGGCUAAGAUGAGAGCCAGAAACCACCUAAUUUUGCCAGAGCGCUUAGAAAGUGAAAGUGGGUACCUUCCAGAGGCUUCUGCUCCUCCGCCUUCCAGCGUGGAACAUGAUGACCUUCUGGUAGAAAUGAGAAACUUCAUUGCCUUUCAGGCCCAAGUUGAUGGCCAGGCCAGCACUCGGGAGAUACUGCAGGAGUUUGAAUCCAAGUUAUCAGCAUCACAGUCUUGUGUCUUUCGAGAACUAUUGAGAAAUCUGUGCACUUUUCAUAGAACUUCAGGUGGUGAAGGAAUUUGGAAACUCAAGCCAGAAUACUGCUAGUCAAUAUUACCUUCUGAACUUUAAAUUGACUUUUUCUAGUGGAAAUUUCUGAUUAUUAAUCUUGUGAUUAAUAAUCAUGUUUUGUCAAUGGAAGUUGGCUGCAUUUGAUGUUUACUUUGAAUGAUAGCUACCUCAUAAUUAAAACUUUAAGGAGGAAGAAAUUCUUCUCUGAAACUUAAAAAGUUUUAAAAAUACCUGGAUUUCUUUUUUUUUUCCCCAAAUACCUGGAUUUCUUUUUUUCUUUUCUUUUUUUUUUUCCAAAAUUAAUUAUGAAAUCAGGAACCUAACUGUUAAUCCUUGGAACACAUUUGUUCUUUUACCCAGAAGGUGCUGUCAGGGAAUACAUUACUACUCAUUUAGAAGUUUAUAGACCAGAACUCUCAAGAAUUCUUUUUAUUGGUGCUAAAAACAUGUCUUAUAUUCAGUUAGACCUGUUCAGUAAAUUAGUUCAUCAGUAUCUGAUAACAGAAUUGUUUUUGGUACCUAGCUUUUAAAUGUUUAAAUCGAUCAUUUGCCACCCAAAAAAGAGAUCGGACUUGUUACCUUUUGAGUCCUAUUAGUUGCCUUUAAACGAUCUUCUGUUAAGGUACUGUUAAAUUGACAAGUAUUUUUAUUAGUAAAGCAUGGAAUAGCUUGAUAGUAAAUGAUGAGACAUGUAUUUGCAGAAACUUGUAGUUUUCUCAGUUUACAGUGGCUUUAUUUUAAGCAAAGGGCACCU